CUAACACUUGAUGAGAAGAAGGAGGUAUACGUAUUGUUGAUAAAAGAACAAUUAAUUAGAACCGGAAGAUAUAAGAAACUCCAUUUCAUCGUUCGAUGUAUAUUCAACCAACCAUGUUAUAUGGUCCGUAAAACAGAAGUCAAAGAAUUCAAUCAAAUAUUAGAAAAAGAGCCAAAAGAAGUCAUUGGAUUCCUGAACGAUCUUAUCGACACCAUUUCUGAAGUCAAAGAAAGCAAUGAACAAAAACUGAAUAUUUUACUAGGAGCGUUUGAAAACAUUAUAAAUAUUCAAAAAGACAUCCUUGAAGUAUUUAAAAAAAUGGUGGAUGAGUGA